CCUCCCCCACUUGGCACAGGAGCCUCUUAUAGGACCGCUAGAACCUCUCGAAGGACUUGAAAAUUCUCCAGAAUCUGAAUCUGUGUCCACUGAACGUUCUCAAAGGCCACUAGAACAAAACACAGCUACUUCUUUUUUCCAAGGUCGAUCCGGUCGCUGUGGAGUCAUGAACCUCAGGGAGUCCAGCACGAACCAGAAGGAGCUUCAACCCAGCGGAUCUCUGUUUAAACGCACCUCAUGCCUGCUGACGCCAACAGGUGACGACUGUGAGGGGAAAAGGCGCUCGGACACGGACGACGCCGUCGCCUCGCCUUCGGCCUCGUGGUCCUCAGUGGCUUCCUGUUUGUUGGGGCUGAUGUGGAGCGCCGCCGUCUUUACAGGUAAGACGGCAGUGGUUGCGUACAGGUGGCUCAACAGACGAUGGCAUCCCAUGACCGCAGGCUUCCUCCGCACUCGGUCUCCCCUCACGCUCCUCCUGGUUCUCCUCCCUCUGCUGCUCCUCUUCAGCCUGUGUUCGUUCGGUCCGGCCGGUCUACAGUCCGUCAACAUCACAGAGUGGAGGACGGCGGUCUCUGACGUCUCCGGUCUGUCCUCCAUCUACAGCUUCAUGUCCCCCCAGAGCCAAUCGGCAGAGGGCGCCGUGGAGGAGUCAAGGGAGGUGCGGCCCUACGUGGAGCUGACCUACAGCCGACCUCCACCGGCUGAAACGCCGUCAGGGGAGGAGGCACCGCUGGCGCCCGGUUCAGCUGUUAAAGACGAAGAGGAGGAGGAGGAGGCGGCGGAGUCUGUGCGGCUCGUUCGCCUGGAGCAGAGUCUGACGGCGCUGUGGGAGCGCGUGGAGGCCGGAGGGCGGCGGGCUGAGCAGAGACACAGGGAGGUGGCCCGGCUGUACGCGGACCUCCAGCACCAGGGCGACGGCGAGGGACUGGAGCCCUGGCUGAGCGGCCUGCUGGACCGGCAGCUGGACCAGCUCAGGAGACAACUGGACGAGGAGAGACGGCACAGGGACCAGACUCGGCAGCAGGAUCUGUUGCAGCAGCAGAGCCAAACGUCUCGUCUGGAUCAGCUGGAGCUGCAGCUGCGGACGCUGGCUGCGAAGACGGAGGAGGUGCAGCGGAGACACGAAGCUGCCGCAGUCCCACCCUCACCGACAACACUUCCAGCUGCCGUCAGUGUUGGUGCGGACCGUCUGUCCCAUGAUGCUUUGCUGGCGGAGGUUGCGCGGUUGGCGGCGGCUCUGGAGGACGUCCGGCAGCACGUUGAGGAUCUGUCAGAGUGUCAGGGCGACGGCCAACAGCUCGACAGAAUCCAGCAGACGAUUUCAGCGCACGUUUCCGCUCAGGUCCGUGAGGAGGUUCGUACUCUGGUCUACGGCAACCAGCUGGCGGUGAGGGGCGGGGUCUCCGGGGACGACGACGCGGGCCUCCCGGAGUCUCUCCUCCUGUGGCUGUCGCAGCAGUACGUCACCGGGGCCGACCUGAAGGCGUCGCUGGCCUCCCUGGAGCUCAGCAUCCUGCAGAACAUCAGCCUGCAGCUGGAGCAGCGCCGCAGCGAGGAGACGGUCAGAGAGGCCGUCCUGCACGCCACCGGGGCCGCUGGGGCCGCCGUGACCACGGAGGACGUCCGUGUGAUCGUGGAGAACGCUCUGCGCCUGUUUUCUCAGGACCGGACCGGCCUGGCCGACUACGCUCUGGAGUCUGGAGGGGGCAGCGUCCUGAGCACUCGCUGCUCACAGACGUACGAGACGAAGGCGGCUCUGCUCAGUCUGUUCGGAGUUCCUCUCUGGUAUUUCUCUCAGUCUCCUCGGGUCGUUAUCCAGCCUGACGUCCAUCCAGGAAACUGCUGGGCCUUCAGAGGCUCCGCGGGCUUCCUGGUGAUCCGCCUCUCCAUGAAGAUCGUCCCCACCGCCUUCUCCCUGGAGCACAUCCCCAAAGCCCUGGCACCCAGCGGGACGCUGCUCAGCGCCCCCCGAGACUUCAGCGUCUACGGUCUGGAUGAUGAGAGUCAGGAGAGGGGGACGCUGCUGGGCUCUUACAGCUACGACCAGGACGGAGAAGCUCUGCAGACCUUCUCCGUCGCUGAGCAGAACGACCGAGCCUUCCAGAUCAUCGAGCUACAGGUGUCGUCCAACUGGGGUCACCAGGAAUACACCUGCAUGUACCGCUUCAGGGUGCACGGGACGCCUGAGGACGCCCCAGAGACGAGUAUUUAAUCCAGGGCGUGGAGACGGCAGAGCAACAUGUCUGCUGUUUCCUGCUUCAGCCGCCUGCUGCUAACUGUGCCUGAGAAACCGCACGCUUCUCUUUCAGCUGCUCUCAAGUCUCCCCAGUGACCAUAAACUCGCUUCCUUCCUUCCAGACCAGAUGUGAUCUGAGCGUCUGGUUUUCCUGUGGAAAAAGGAAACACUGACAGAUUUGAUGUGACGUCUAUAUGUUCUGUCAAUAGUUAAUAUUUUUAUAUCAGUGUUUUGUAUUUUCUGUGCUGAAGCUCCUUCAUGUUUGAGCCCCACUUUUCUUUUUAUCUGAACAUUAUUGCUGUCGAGAGCGGGACAUGUUUUCCAACUCUUUAUUCCCAUUAAUGUCCUGAAACUGACUGACCCUCCUGGUGAAGGGACAAAAUCUCUAAACACAUUUUUAAAGUUCAGCUGAAGAUAAAUCUGAAGCUUCGACAACUUGAAUUCACAAAUCAAACUGAGUUUUGGUCUUUUUAGAGAGAAAUGUUGUCUUUGUGUUUCCACAUUCACUGCAUCCUUACCGAGCCGCAAUAGAGGAACACAAAGAGUUUCAAACUAAAGACCAAAUCAUAUUCAACUGUGGAUUUUAUGCCCCAGCACAUCCACUGAAAUGGCCUCAGGAGAGGAGGGGGGUUAAUACGAUCCAUUAUGACCUAAAACCUGCCAAAUGUCCCCCAUGUAUGAGUAUUUGGUCCCGCUCACAGCUGCAGCACUGACCAUAAUGUAACUUUCACAAAAAACCUCUUUCUCAGGAAGUUUUAGAAGAUUUCAAGGAAUAGAUUUGCACCAAAGGCCUCGACUGCACUUAUGUUUCUGUUUUAUUUAUUUUGUCUUCAGGUUAAUGGAAGAUUUAAUUUUAUUAAGGAUUCUGACUAAUGUAUGUUUUUUGUAUGUGAUUUGAAGCUGGACGUAAUAAAGACGUGAAAUUUUAA